UGGGUUAUUAAAGCUUUUUCACACUAUUACUAAGCUUUAAGUCCAGCUUCCAGUCACCUUCUAAAAAUCCAUGGAAUUUAUUGUAUAAGCCAGUCUGGACCAGAGCUGCAAUAAUUAUCUAGUUAAUAGAUUUAUUUAUUUAUUUUUUGAUGAGUAAUUAAUUUUUUUAUGACACCCAUGUAAAAGAUUUUCUGAUUUCAGUUCCUGGAAUAUCAGAAUUUUGCCUCAUUUUUGUGUGCCUGUAAAUUCAGCACCAAAACAAGAAGACUUCAGUAUGUUGCUUUGUGCAUUUGUCAUGUUUUAUAGGUCAACUGAUGUAGUGGUUAUUCAGAAAUCCUUGCAUUUGAAUCAGUGAAUAAAAAUAAGUGUGUGUUGUAGCAUUGGCUGGUUAAAAUAUGCAUAUGCUUGCAGCUAAUUGCUGGGAGUGUUUGCUUUGUUUGUGGGGCAGCUGAAGGGGAGGCUGCGCACCAGGAAGGAGCUAUGGAGCCACCAGAGGAUAAGGAUGGCCGUACCUUUGUCGAGGUGAUCAGUGAAAAGUAUAGCCCAGAGAACUUCCCAUACCGCAGAGGGCCUGGUAUGGGGGUGGUAGUGGUGUCCACUGGAGGUCCUCAAGGUUCCCCUAUGAAAGGUGAGCCAAGGAGAACUAUUGGGCAACUGAAAAGGCUAACGGGUCUCUUUGUCACAUCUUAUGCUCUCUCCUUGUUGUUGUGCAGGCUGGAGGAGUUGUUUCUGUGCCAUAAUGAGUACAGCAGUGUGAGUCCCUGCAGGGUGGCCUGCUCCACCCUGCGCCUUCUUCACAUCACCGACAACUGCCUCAAGGACUGGGCCGAGGUCCGCAAGUUUGGCUCCAUGUUCCCCUGUCUGGACACUCUGGUUAUGGCAAACAACAACUUGUCCUCCAUCCAGGACAGCAAGGAUAUCCUGCAAAGGCUCUUCCCCAAACUACGCAGCAUCAACCUGCACAACUCAGGUCUAAACCAGUGGGAAGAUAUAGAGAAGCUGAACUUCUUCCCCAGGCUGGAGGAGGUGCGCCUGCAGGGCAUUCCCUUACUGCAGGCCUACACCAAUGCAGAGCGACGCAGCCUCAUGAUAGCGCAGCUUCCCUCAGUAUCACUGCUAAAUGGCAGUGCUGUGAGUGACAGUGAGAGAGAGGACGCAGAGAGGUUCUUCAUCCGUUAUUACUUAGACUACCCUGAAGAGGAGCUGCCUUAUAGAUACCAUUCCCUCGUAAACAAGUAUGGCAAGCUUGAACCACUUGCUGAGAUUGACCUCCGACCUCGCUGCCGUGCCCAGGUGGAGGUUCACUGUGAGGAAAAAGUAGAACAGCUGAGCAUCCGUUUGGACCAGACAGUGGCUGAGCUGAAAAAGCAGCUCACGACAGUGGUCCAGCUGUCUACCAACAGCAUGAGGCUCUACUACAUCGACAAGGGCAGUGCCUUCGGUCCAGAGGAAAUGAAGUACAACACGCGAGCUCUCCACUCCUACAGCAUCCAAGACGGUGACGAAAUACUGGUGGUGUCCAAAACCAAGUGAACAGCUGAUGACCUGCUGGCUGACGAGAGUGAAUUGAAAAAAUAAUUUUUUUCUGAUUGAUUAACUGAUACAGCAAAAUAAUUGGAAAAUAGAACAGCAGCAGUGGCCCACUGAGAGAGGGCAUACACAGAAAUUAUGAAAGCAAUAUGAGCACCAUCAAGGAGACUAGACUAGUGGACUACAGAUGGCUGCUGAGUGCCUCUGAAAUAGAAGUGAGCACUGGGAAUGCAGCGGAUCCUGUCUUUAUUUAAUUGAGCUUUCUCCGAGGGGGAACCACUGGAGCGAACGCACAAACGUGUCACACUUGAGAACGGGCUGAGAAGAGCACCUCUCAGUCAGCUAGCAGUUUCAGCGGAGGGGAGGGCCGCUGCUGGACCAGCAAAGCUUGACUGCAGCUCUGUCUCUUAGUGCAUGGCAUGUACUAUAGCACCUGCGUAGGCAAGUCUCCAACAUCACUCGCUUGCCCACUUGUCGCAAAAGUUACACUGAUUGGUUGUCAGGCAGUACCACCAAGUGGAAAAGAACUGCUCUCAUCUGCACUUUUACCUGAGGCACAACACGAGGAAGAGCAGAGGAAGGCUCGCGCCAAAAGCACUGUAAACUGAAGGACUGGUGAUGAAGCUCCAUUUUGUUGUCAGGUGGUGUUUUUUGCCUUGUUUAAUGUGGCAAAUUUCUUAAGUUACGUUGUUGAAUCGCAUUCACUAUGGCCUUUUGACAUUCAGUCAAAAGGCCAUAGUGACGUGAAUGUCACUGUGUGAAACUAAUGUAAUAAGAAGAUUUAGCACUUCUAUACUGGAUGAUGAUUAGCUCUGUUUAACAUCCCUACAGUGAAGCUCAAACAUCCAAAUGAAGCAACACGAGGCAAAACAGAGAGAAAAGAUAAAGCACACCACCUAGCAACAAAAUGGCUUCAGGAGCAACAGUGCACACUCUCUGCCCGUCCAUGUUUUCCUUUGUCAGUGAUUAAGAACUGAUGCUACUGCGUUUCCUAUCAUUGAUAGUGCUGUGUGCACUCUCACGGCUGCCCACACAGAGCAGCUGUUGCUGUGUCAUGUUAUAUGUGCUGCCUUCUACAAGCUUCACUGUAUUUUUGGUUGGAUGUGUGUUCUGUCAGUGCAGGAAGAAAUGACACACACACAGACCAGAGUACACAAAAGACAUAAGGUAAGAGUCAUCAGGACAUCAUAGCAUCUGCAUUUGAGCUAUUAUUGAUUACAUUCAGGCCACGGUGCAACUUUGCUUCAGCAGUUCCCCUUUUGUGUACAUGAUGAUAUUAGUUUGAAAUUAUAAUUUUGCAUUUAGGACACAGCAUUCAAUGUUGUCACUGCUCCAUGCUUUUUUUUCACCCAAAGAAUGACUUUUAUGUAACUUUAAAUGCAUAAUCAAGAUAAUUUAUUUACAGUUUAUUUGAAUUUUUAAGAAUAUAUAAUCAGCAACCAUCGUUUAACAGAUGCUGAUCUCACUUGAAGGCAUUUAAGUGCACCCACUGGGUAUUUAUACCAGUGUUUAAAAUGACUGUUUGGCUGAUAGCUGACUUCUUCUUUUGAUAUGUAGUCUAAUCAAUUUAUUUUGUAUAUAACCAGUUAGCAACAAUACCUGCUUUAAUAAGCUUUAUGUUAUGAAUUAAAGACCCAACUGUAUUAGAGGGAAAACCUCAGUGAUCUCAUAAUCCUCUGUGAGCAAGCACUUGACAGUGGGUAGGAAGGAAAAGACAUCUGGCAGAAGCAAAUCACAGAGAGGCAGCUACCUACCGUGCCAGGUUAAGGGUGAGGGGAGGAAGAUAUUUAUUUCCACUCCUGUCUGGAAAACAAAGAAAUCUUAAUAAAAAAAAACAAACAAACACAAAACAACCUCCUUGAUACACUAUUUUUGAACAGUUAGCCAACACAAAUAUGAAGUACACAAUGUGUAAGUAUUGGCCACUAACAUCAGCAAAUGCCCGUAUAUCAGUCAGAAGGGCUCAUACUGAUAUUAAGCCAAUAGUUCUACUUUGAAGUGAACGCUAUACAGUGAAAUACUGAUAUAUUCCAAUGUUAGUGCUUCAUCUGCCAUAAUGUAGUGUAUUCUACAUUAUAGUCCAUUCUGCACAGAUAUAAUUUCACCAAAGAUAGCUCAUGCUGCUGGUAGUAUUAUAGUAAUGUGGAAUAUAUAUACAGUCAUAUUGAUUUUAAUAUGCAGCAUUCAUCUUGUAUUAGAGGAGUGUAGAUGUGAGAUGUUUGGUGCUAUUGAUUUUUCCUAUAGCAAGCAACCUAGCAGAGUGCUGGAUUCCUGACAGUGUUACUGCUAUAUUUACAGCCACAAAAUGAAAUAUUCACAGUUAGUGGCUGUUUGGGAAUGAAUGUCUGUAGCGCCGGCUCAUCCACUGCUUAUAGAAGACUCAUCUCAAUGCGCUUUGAUCUUUUUUUUUUUACCCUGUCUAUAACAAAUAUGUAAACCCUUCUUUUCCCUUCCAACUAUAAGUUCAUUUUGUAAUACCACUGGUAUACUUGAAUAAGGCACCCCCUCCCCUGCCCAUUUUAUUAUCACACUAGUGCUGAAUAAAUGUUAGUGUAGCAUGAACCACAGCCAUAGAAACCAGCACACACCAAGACACCAACAUCCAAGUGUGGCCUGGAAUAUCAAGCUUGACUGUGCUGAUCAGUGUGUGAUUGUUUGAAAGUGUGUCGUAUAUAAUUGUUGCAGGGUGGGUGACGUAAUGGUAAGCAUGUGAUUUAUGUAUUGAAUUUACGUGUUUUUGAAGAAAGUAUCACUUUGCUUGCUUAGAUUGAAGGAAUACUGCACUUAAAGGAAUUUUGUAUUAUAUUAAAGGGGACCUAUUAUGUUUUUAUUUCUUCAUUGCUGUCAUACACACACAUAGAUACAUAGAUAGAUAGAUAGAUAGAUACAUAUGUGUAUAUAUAUGUGUGUGUGUGUGUGUGUAAACUCUUUAACAGAGAAUAUACCAUUUUAACACACACACACACAUAGAUACAUAGAUACACUCAUAUAUAUGGUGUGUGUGUGUGUAAACUCUUUAACAGAGAAUAUACCAUUUUAACACACACACACACACACACAGAAGCUGAAACAAUUUGUUGAACUUUGGUGCUGCACUGAAGAAUUGCAUAAGAUAGAUUAUGCAAAGCUGCCAAAGUCCAAGAAUAAAAAGUAUGUGUAUAAUGGGUCCACUUUUAAGUGCUCAGAUUUUAAAUGUUGAUGUAUUGUUGAACAUUUUUUUCUUAAUGUCAUUUACUGGGAACCCAGCUUACUGAAAAUAGUGUCUAAGCCAGUUUAUAGCCCUUAAAGUCAGUGAAAAGUAAUCUCUGAUUUUCAGUACCUCACAUUCACAGUCAUUCACAACUAAUAAAGCACUGAUCAAAGAUGAGAUCAUAAAAAAAUAUUAAUUAUUAUUCAGAGGUGUAAUAGUCAAAGUGUGAAGUGAUUGGUAGUGUACAGAGCACCUACUAUGUCCAGGUGGGGGAUGUGUAAAUCCAUACUCUCAGAGUUUUAACUGUGCUCUUGGGUUCCUAAUCUGUUCCCUACAGUGUUUUGUUCUUUAUUGAAUAAUGUUGAUCAUCUGGCCGCAUAUACUACUAAACUCCAUUAGAAUAUAUACCAUUUUAACACACAAAAACACCACAGCAUAUGUAAGGUGGUCUUACCUACAAUGCCAUGAAAAAAAACUAACUAGCCAUGACAUUGUCAUCUGGGCUGAUGACAUGUCCUCCUCCUACUGGUUGAAUUUGUUCAGUUGUCCCUGCCUUUCCCCUAUGUAGCCAAGAUGGCAAUAAUUGGGCUUUGACAGUGUGAAUCCACUUGGGUUCUCAAAAUAACGAGGAAAGGGUUUCCUUACACCUGUUAAUCUGAAAGAUGGAUUUUGAUGUCAAAAGCACAGUAAUUGCAAUAAAAAACUACAAAAUAUCCAGUAUUAAAUGUAUCCGUAAACAACAUAAAAUUGUUUAAAUUCACCGCUUGUUGUCCUCUGUUAUGAGAAGUCCAUUUGGAAAUCAGUAAGCAUGGAAUAAAGAGUAUGAAUUUACACAUUUUUUCCUCAUUAAAUGUACUAUGUGGGGUUCCAUUAAAUUGUUACACAUUACAUUCUGAUUGAAAUUCUGAAUGAUCCAAAUCACAGAUGGUAUAAAAGAUGAAGCUAGCCACCAUGACAUCAGCCACUGGUUAGUAAAAUCCUGUUAGGAAGCCUUAAGAUGAGUGUUUUCUCUGUUGCCAUGUUGGUGUUUUGAAUAUUGUGUACUUUGUGACGAGUGAGGGGUGACUCUGGCUCUGCACACUCAUUGCCAGAAGGUUGAUUCUGUUCAACUGGGUGUUGAGGUUUCAGUAGCAGGAACAUUUUAUCACUCGUCCACGUGACUUCUACUAUGUCAGAUAACUGCGGGUUUCCUCAACCUUAUAAACAGUUGGUUUGCAUAAUUAUGAAGCUAGCACCACUGACCAACAAUGGCCCACGAGCUCAGCUAUGAUCAUUAAUAUGCAAAUUGUCAUGACCAAUGAUCACAGAGGGACAGCUACCUACCGUGCCAACAGAGAGUUGAGGAAUGGCAACAAUCACAGCACUGUAACAUGGUGAAAAAUGUACCCUCAGGCCCCCUCCUCUAUUCAGAAAUGGUUGUUCCCUUUUCAUGUAAAUAAGGUGGGGAAAACCUGCAGACCGUAGAAGUCACUUGGAUGAGUGACGAAACGUUUCUCCCAGUGAAAACGCUAUGUCCAGAUGAACAGAAUCAACUUUCUGGGAUGUCUUUACCUGGAGGAUUGACCAUGCAUCCAGCCAUGCACACUCACUAGCUAACAACUUACAACCGAUCAGAUAAUGAGCAUAAUCCUCCUCUCUGAUUCUGAUAACCACUGAGAUGCACAAAAUGGACUGAAUGCUAUGCCCAUAUGAAAUUAAACUGGUUAUUGAGCCAAUAAAUUCAUCAGUAAAGCUUUUAAAGAGGUUACAGGGUGAGGGAGUCAACAGUAGUUUCCCCAUACACUUAUACAACCUCAGUGGAACCACAGGGCAGAUGAGUGAAAGGAAUCCAGGUUCAGAAGGAUUCCUUGUUGGCUUCACUUUUCAGACCUGUGAGCUUCACCCAUUUGCUGUACUGUCUAUAUAACUAAAAAAUUAUUGGCCAUAUUUCUAACAGUGACAAAAAAAUAUCUUCAUGUGGGACCCCAUCAUUCCUAAUCUGAAUCUGGUUUACAAAAUAGCUUUUUGAGGCCUUUAAGGGGGAACAAAAUCCCAGCUUAAAACUCUCUGACGUGUCAUGAGUGCAGUCUUUGUUUUCUUUGGUUGUUUUUUGUUGCAGUUAUUGCACUACUCAGCCUAACUGGACCAUAAACGUCAGCAUUUGGUAUCGGCCCCAAAGAAUCGUACAGUGAGGCUUCCUAUAGUCACCUUCCAUUCAUCACUCAGCAGUUCUACUGGGAAACCUCUAUAACAGAGCUGGAGACACUACACCAGCACUUGUGUUUCUAUUUGCUGCUAUCAUUAUUAACAUUUUCACUUCUUUCUGUACAUUAACAUAUAAUCCACAGACAAAUGCAAUAUUUAAAGGAGUAUGUCCACUUUUUUGGAGUUGGGUAAUUUAUAUUUAUAGUUUAAUUUAUAGUUUAAGUCAUGCAGAAAUGUUAUUCGGUUACAUGGCUAUUGGGCCUGCCUGCUGAAAUGGACAAAAUAAGCAUCUGUAUUUGCUUUGCUUAGUUAAAAAGUCAACAUGUGACGCCAGACAUGCAGCAGCUUUAUUUACAGCACAUCCAUGUUUGAAUGGGAACCUGUGAAAACAAAAUAGACAUUUGCCAUAAUAGUAAGUUCACUGCUUGAGUCAUCACCUGCCUUCAAAAGUGGAUCCUGGAUCUCAGAUUGGGGCUUUGAUUAUAGUGUCACAGAUUCUUUGUUGGUUUGUUCCCACUCACUCAGUAUUUAAGCUCAUCAAGUCACUUGACGAUAAACUGGGACUAUCUGUGGUAUUUAAAGCAUAACCACUUGUAUUGUAGGAGCCUGUAGGAAGUCUUGAGUGGAUCAGAAUGAGUCAUCUGUCUUGUCUUAGUAUAUGCAGGGAAGAAUGCGUCACUGAAUGGUAAUAAAUGGCAGUUUCCCUC